UCUCAUUUUUAGUUCUUUGGGAGAUUGCCCAAGUAGACAUUUGUCUACGUCCUCUCGUUGUUCGCGAGCUAACCUGCCAUUCCUUUUAUCAGGUUAAUAAGCGAUUCCUGUUGCUUCUAAUUAUUGCAUAUAAUUACUACAUUCAUUUUUAGCUAUGAUGUUCAAGUCUCUUGCCGCCGUGUCGGCCCUGUCACUCCUUGCAUCGUCUGCUGUUGCUCUCGAUGCCAGUCUGAAGAAUAAUGUUGCUGUUUACUACGGACAAGGUUACGACCAACCCCGGCUCAGUCAUUUCUGUGAACAGACCACGUCGGACAUCAUCAACAUCGGGUUCAUCAAUCAGUUUCCCAAAAGUGUGGGCGACUUCCCUGGUUCCAACUUUGCCAAUCAGUGUGAUGGCCUCUUUUUCCCUGGCACGGAGCUGCUUAAUGGCUGCCACCAGAUCUGGCAGGAUAUCCCUAUUUGCAAGGCUGCUGGCAAGACAAUCCUGCUGUCCAUCGGUGGUGGUUCUGCCGUAGCCCAAUCUAUCCCAGACGAGGCCACUGCGGUCUGGUUUGCUGAUUUCCUUUGGUACUCCUUCGGUCCUUACAAUGCAGCCAUCUCUUCAUUGGGUUGGACCGCGGACCUGAUUGGCACAGCCUUCCCUCGUCCAUUCCUCACUGCCGCAGUUGAUGGAUUUGACUUUGAUAUCGAGUACAACGGCGGAGUUGGAUACGCCGCCAUGAUCAAUCGUCUCCGCUGGCAUUUCAGCAAGAGCCCCGAACAGACCUACUACAUCUCCGGUGCUCCCCAGUGCCCCAUUCCCGACGCUCAGCUCGGCGAUGCUAUUGCCAACUCUUACUUUGAUUUCCUCUGGGUUCAGUUUUACAACACCCAGGGUUGUUCUGCUGCGGACUGGGUCCACGGCACCGGCAAGUUCAACUUCGAUGACUGGGUCGGUGUCAUCGAGAAGAGCGCCAACCCCAAUGCUAAGCUCUUCAUCGGUCUUCCCGCAUCGACGGAUGCCGCUAAUGCUGGAUUCUACUUGACCCCCACCCAGGUGAAGCCCCUUAUCAAGAUUUACAUGGAUAAGCACCCCAAGCACUUUGGUGGUGUCAUGCUCUGGGAGGCUACCGCCGGUGACAAUAAUAUCAUCGACGGAUCAACAUACACCGAGCACAUUAAGGAAAUCCUCUACGAUUGCGCUCCUCCUCCUCCGUCUUCGACUGUCACCCCGAUCCAUUCUUCAACUGUGCCUCCUGUUUCGUCUACCACCGUUCCGCCGACCACCUCUUCCAGCGCGGUCGCCUCUUCCAGCUCAGUUGCUUCUUCCAGCUCCGUGGCUUCUUCCAGCUCGGUCGCCUCUUCCAGCUCAGUUGCUUCUUCCAGCUCGGUCGCCUCUUCCAGCUCAGUUGCUUCUUCCAGCGCCAUGGCCUCUUCCAGCUCGGUUGCUUCUUCCAGCUCAGUCGCUUCUUCCAGCUCCGUGGCUUCUUCCAGCUCGGUCGCCUCUUCCAGCUCAGUUGCUUCUUCCAGCUCGGUCGCCUCUUCCAGCUCAGUUGCUUCUUCCAGCGCCAUGGCCUCUUCCAGCUCGGUCGCCUCUUCCAGCUCGGUCGCCUCUUCCAGCUCGGUUGCUUCUUCCAGCUCCGUGGCCUCUUCGACCGUUCCUUCUUCCACCGCCCCCGCUACCUCCGGCGAGUCUUCCUCUUCAAGCAUCCCUAGCAGCUCUGUGACUCCUGGAGCUUCAGCUUCAUCGGGACCCGCUCCCCACCCCUCCGCCACUGGAAAGCCUCACCACAGCUCGCAUGGUGGCCAUGGCCAUGGACAUGGCUCCCACACACAUACCCAUGCCCAUACCCACACCCACACUGCUCCAAGCUCCACUCCCCUGGUCUCGGGACACCCUUCCAGCACCGCUCCCGUCUCUUCUGCGACCGAGUCUGGUGCCUCUUCCACUAGCGAAGUUGUGAUCCCGACCGGUGGCCCGUCUACCGGUGAUAACACUACUGGGGGCUCCAAGCCUACUGGUGGCAGCACUACUGGGGGCUCCAAGCCUACUGGUGAUGAGACUACCGGAGGUUCCAAGCCUACCGGCGACAACACGACUGGAGGUUCCAAGCCUACCGGCGACAACACCACUGGAGGCUCCAAGCCUGCCGGCAGUGUCUCCACCACAGCCCCGGCUGGUAUCACCGCCACUCCCUCCGUGACUGGCUCGCCUUCCUCUUUGGCUCCAGGUACCACCACAACUAUCAUCGUGACCUCCUACAUUGAUAUUUGCCCAACUGGCUUCACCACCAUCACCACCACUAUUACCAAGACCUACUGCCCUGGUGACUCCUCCGCUACUGCUACCCCAACUGGCACCGCCGAGAUCACCGCCCCUACUUCCGGUCCUGCCACUUCCACUGCCUCCAUCCCCGAAGGCUGGACUACUACCGUCACUGUCUGCACCCACUGUGCCGCUACUCCGACUACCGUGACCCUCACCAAGCCCGCUGCCACUGCCACUACUACCACUGAGGUUGUGUCGCAGCCCACUGCCCCGUCGGUGCCUGAGGGCUACACCACCACCGUGACUUUCUGCAAGCACUGUGGUCCUACCGGUAGCACUAUCACCGUCACCGUCCCGGCUCCCACUGCCACUGCCAUUGUCCCCGGUGCUGGCUCCGGCUCCGGCUCUGCUGGAAAUGGUGAGGGCUCUGGCUCAGGCUCUACCCCAGGCUCCGGCUCCAACUCCGGAUCUGGCACUGGUUCCUCAGGCCAAGGUGAGGGCUCAGGCUCCGGUUCCAACCCCGGCUCUGGCUCUGGCUCUGGCUCUGGCUCAACCGGCGAAGUUACAGUGCCUGGCGUCGGCCCCGUCGUGCCAUCUCCUUCCUCCAAGCCUACCCCCAGCCAAGGAGCCGGUGGUUUCCACCCCGGCAGACCGUCGUCAAGCAUCGCCUUCCGCCCCUCGCCCUCGCGCACUGCUGUCCCCACCGUCGCGACCACCGCCACGAACACUCCUGCAGCGCCCAGCAGCAACCCGGAGGGCGUGUCCCCGGUUUACACCGGCGCGGCCUCGCGCUCCAACGUCACCGGCUUCUUCGGUGGCGUCCUCGCCGUUGCUCUUUCCAUGUUCAUGAUGCUGUAA